AAAAAUUGUACAAAAAAAAAUCUUUGUUCGUUUUGAAGUUUUUGAAUUUGGUUCAAACAAAACAGUUCAAAAGUUUUUAACUUUUAGCAAUAAAACAAAAGAACAAGAUGGAAAUAACGACGAACUCAGAAUAUUCAGCAGAGAAAAAUUCUAUUAAAGAAAACUUUCUCUUAGAUAUGAUCAAAGAAGUGUAUUUUGAACAAAUUUUAUCAACUAAAAUUAAAUCCAAAAUCACCAAAAUAAUACAAGAAUGUAAUCUCGAGAAGUAUUCUAGUCUUCACAAAAUGAGCACGGCAGACGAAAAUACAUCUACUUUACUGGGUGUUCUAAAACAUAUAUCAACUGAACUAACAUUUGAGGAACAAAUUGAACUAAAUGAAGUGUUUUUACAGAAGAUACAGAACAAAUUACCCGUGUUAGUCACGCAACUGGAACAACUGAAACUAUCUAGACACACAUCAAAUGAAAGUAAAAAAGAACAAAUCAAAGCAUUGAAAGAGAGUAUAGACACUAAACUAAACAAGCUUAACGAUCAGGAGAACGAAAAAGUAGAACUGAUGAUGGAGUGGCUCAACCAUAGGCUUUUAGAAGUGUCCAAGUUCAAUGAUGAUUCCAGUGAACUAUUGACUCUGAAGACUAGGGUACUGGAAUUGAAGUCUAAGAUACUACAUCUACAAAUACUACAGAACAUCUUCACAGAAACCAACCAGUCUAUCAAAGCCUAUACUGAAGUGCACAAGGACAUUAAGGAGAGUAUUACUGAAACUGAAGAACGGAUUAAACAUUUUAGAAGCAUCAUCGAGAGUGACUUUGCUUGAAACUCUGAUGAAGAUAGAUUAUCUGUAAAAUGAAAUAAAUAUUUUAAAAGCAAAUGUUAGAAUAUUUAGAUAU